UGACUAAGACAUUCAAAUAGUAUAAGAAUCACAUGACUAAAGCAUCUAAUGAUAUAGACAAACAAUGACCUAAGCAACUCAUUAGAUAAUAUAAAGUAGAUGCACGAAGCAUCAUAGAAUCCACAUUCCUAAACAAUACAAACUUAGUCAACUAAAAGAGAUAAAGAAGACAACACCAUAAAUGACGAAGAUAUCAAUGGCGAAAACUUCUUCGUCUUGCUCCAACAGAAUUUUGUCUAAUUUUUGUAUGUGUAAGAGUGUCUAACAAGUAACAACUAUAGCCUGAACCUCUAUUUACAGUACAUGGAAGAAGCUAUAUGCUAGAUAUUUUCCUCCAUAAACUCGGCCUCUAGCCUCCUUGGACGAGUGGGUCUCAAAUUUCUUGAAAAUAAUAAAAGGAAUCCUAGGAGCUUCUAAACACAACUUCAAGUGAUUAACAAGCAAUUCCAAAUUAUUAUGAAAACUAUGCCAAACCUGCCAUAAACAAACGACCUAGCAAACUCAUUUUUGCCCAUUGCAUUCCAGAUUGUACAUCUUUAGUGGAAAAAUCCAUGACCCGAUCAACAUCCAUAGGUCUAUUUCAGUUUUAAUUAUCCUAAGAUUUUAGUCACUACAAAUGUACAAUCUCAUCAACACAAAUUUGAAAUUUAUCUAGCUUAUGUCUACUAAGGUUGCCGAUUUAUAUCGUUGCGCCGAUUUAACAAGCAGAAUGGUACUACCAGUGGUGCAAUCGGUUUUGUCGGUUCAUGAUGGCUUAAUAAAAUAUGACAUUUCAUAUAAAAUAACAAAUACUCAUAUUUAAAUACAACAUUUAACGUCAAUAUCUACACAUUUAUACCUGAAGCCAACAAGGGCCAUACUAGUAACAUUGGCUAUCAUGACUUUGAGGUCUCUGACUCUGGUUUAGCUUUUUGGAUCUUGUAUGACACUCUGGGUGUUUCCCAAACCCGUUUAAUCUAAGUUUCAGGCAGGGGCGCCCUUUUAGCGUCCCACUUUCCUACCAAAAAAAAAACUUUUAUCAAUAUCUAAACAUUGAUAAAAACAUAUAAUAAAAUUAUUUUUUAUCAUUCAAAUUUACUCAAAUGCCAUCAUUUUAGUUAGAGUUUAUAAAUCGAUCAUACCGAUCACACUGAUAGGAUUUAUGUCGAUUUCAUAACAACACUGUUUAUACCAAGUUCAACCAACCGACAUUUCACGACUCACGACAUCCAUGUCGCCAAGCCGCCAACAGCCAGCCCGUUAAUAUUCAUUUUGGACCAAGUCCCAAAACCGGUUACAAGGCUUCAAGACCCAAUCACCCAAAGGCCAAAACAGAAAAUAAGCAACCCGCCGCAGAGAGUGCUCGGCUGGAGAACUCAUCACCAGCGCGCAAAGUUCGGGAAAAGAUAGAAAUGGUUGCCCUGCCUCCGCCGCUGCGCCGGCGAUUCUUCUGCACCCAGGCCGCUAAAGCCUCCCGCAACCACUUUUCAUGGACCGUCAAGCAAGUGAAGAAGUCCAAUUUCACGGCCGAUAUCGUCGAGGAAAUAAAAACCCAAGUGUCCGCCUCCGACUUCGUCGCCGUUUCCCUGCAGAAGACCGGCUCCUUCGCCGCCCCUUGGCACCGCCCGUCUCCCUUCGACACCCCUGACAUCGCUUACUUGAAAGCCAAGUACGCUGCCGACCGCUUCCAGGUUCUUCAGCUGGCUAUUUGCCCCUUCAGCAUUCGGGCGCCUACCGUCACUGCCUGCCCGUAUAACUUUCACUUGUUCCCGAGGGAUGAAAUGAAGACUGGGAUGCCAUCGUACAGUUUCUCUUGUCAAUCGUCGAGUUUGGUUGCCAUGGCUCGCGACGGUUUCGAUUUUAAUGCUUGCAUCACUGAUGGGAUUUCGUACUUGUCCAGGGAGCAAGAGUCUUUGGUGAAAACUCGGUCGGAGAGGCCAAGGCCCGUCAGUGACUUGGGGGAAUCUGCUUCUCCUCUCUCUGUUGCAGAUUCGAUUUUCGUUGAGAGGGUAAAAUCUCGUGUGAAGCAUUGGAAGAAUGCAUGUCAAGACUCUGGUAGCAACACAAAAGAGGAGUCUUUGGUGAAAGCCUUGAGAAGGCUCAUCGUGACAACCGAACAGUUUGAAUCAAGACCGUGCAUGAACAUUGAUGUUUGCAGUGACCGCCAAGCACAUCUUGUGGUCAAGAUGUUGCAAAAGUUUGAUGAAAACCUUGUCCCAUUAAUGGUUCCAGCAAAGGGAGGAGGAACUCAGGCAGUUCGUGUUGUCUCAACAACUUCAAAAGAAGACCGGGAUCUACUUCUGAAAAAGCUUCAGAAUGAUGAAGACGAAGCAAACAAAAAUAUCCGUGGCUUCCGAGAGGUGAUUGAUUUGAUUUCUGCUUCACAGAAGCCUAUUGUCUCCCACAAUUCCCUUAAUGAUUUGACGUUCAUUCAUUCGAAGUUUCUUGGACCCUUGCCUCCUUCUGUGGAGGAGUUCAUGGAAUCUUUGCACCACGUUUUCCCCCACGUCAUAGAUGUCAACCAUCUAAUACAGGAAAUUGGUCUCCCGAAGAGAGUAACAAGCAUCCCUUACACCAUCUCAUACUUGAAGCAUCGGUAUCCUGUACCAAUUGAUGUAGAAAUUCCAUUCCAAGGUGCAGCGGUCGAAGAGGAAAUUCACGGGCAUAACGUAGUGAGCAUUAGUGAAUUGUUUGCAAAGUUAUGCUGCAUACUGAAACUCACACCUGGUGUAGGAGAAGUACAUGUUGAGAAAGGUACUUCUCCCCUUCAAGUAUAUGCAAAUACUUUCAACCCACUUGUCAGUGGACCACAAGAAGAACCCACUGUCAGGGAAGAAAUCAGGGUAUGGACUAGCAGCAACACAAAGAAAGUGAGAUGUGAUGAUUUGGUCUUCCUGUGGGGAUUUAGGUCUGGUACAACAGCUGGAGAGCUGAAGAGCCUUCUGCAAGGGUCUCAUGAGGUUUUCUCGGAAGGGUUCCACGUUCGAUUAGUAGACAAGAGCUGUGCUAUAGUUGUGUUCUGGAGACCCGGUUCGUCUGGAACCUUUCUGAAUGCCAUGACUCAUAAUCUAUCAGAUGCUUCUUCCAGCUCUUUGAGGGAGCUGGUUUCGGAGGGCGUAAGAGCAAGUGGGUAUGAGACAUAUGACAGAGCUUGCAGGUCGGGGUUUUGGGAAGCCAGUUUGGCUGAUUCACUAGACAAAGCAGCAGUAGCCAUGGCUGACAUUAGGGUUUCUUCAGAGUCCGAUCACCGGACAGAAUUGUUGGACAGUUACCAGAAGAGUGAGUUGAUGAUCGACUUAGACGAGCUAUAAAUUUUUUUCUCGAGAAGAAGAGACUCGUGCAUCUUAGUCCAGCCAAGAAUUCAUCCUAUGCAUAGAGAUAGAGAACUACAGACAUUAUCCAGGGAAGGGAAUGGACUCAACAACAGCUUUAGUAUGCCGAGUGUGCUCCACUUGCAACUCGUCUUGUUCUUGGUGGUGGCUUGGACUUUGAAACCUUUGGACCUUUUGACUACUGACCAGAGCUUUGUUUUAAAAAGAGGACUGAGAGUGGAGCAUGUGUGAGAUGCUUUAUACACUGCAUUCUGCAGAGAUGUACACUUGAUGCAGUUCUCUGUUUAUUUUUUCGAGCCUCACUGCGUGAUGGCAUUUAAUUUAUGUAUUAUGGGUAAAUUGCAAGUUUGGUCACUGAGUUUACUAAAAAGUGUCAUGUUUAGUCACUCGAAUUAUUUAAUUUCAAUGUUAGUCACUCGAAUUAGUAAAACGAUCCACGUUUGGUCAUUCUCCAUUAACACCGUCAGUCAAUUGCUGACGUGGCUAACAGAAAUGCUGACUCACCCAAUUUUAACUCGCCACAUCACCAAACCCGACUCGCCACGUCAUCUCCCCGAUCCGACCCAACCCUUCACAAUCGUGACCCAACCCUCUGCCUCUAGAACCACCGCCCCCUCGCAAUCGCUCACCACUUCCAGAAGUCCAUACUCUCUCAUCCAUCGCCAUUCUCAUCUCCUUGCUGCAGUGAAUCCCCUCCCAAUCAUUAAUUCCAAUUCCCUCCCAACCAAAUCAAAACCAAAAAACCCCAUCCCUUAUGACAUCCAAGCCUCGCCUCCAUCUUCUUCUCCUCUCUGUGCUUAGCUCAUCAAGCUCUGGCUGUGUUUGAAAUGGAAAUUGAAUCGAAUGGACAGGAAUAAAGCUUUAUGGGGGGGGGGGGGGGGGGGGGUCGAUUUACGAGAGCCAGUGGUUUCCCAGAGUCUUCAGCGGGGCGGUCGGGUGGGUGUGGACGAGGAUGAGGUGGUCACCGUCGUGAGCGAGGUUGUCGAUCGCCCAUUUCAGAGCAUUGAUGCUGUAUGGGGAGAAAUACACCGCCACGUCGAUCCGUCUACCACUGUCUCCCAUCACUUUACUUCUUUUUUUGCUCCUCGAUCAAUGACUCUCUCGCUCGACGGCUAAUCACGGCGGCGACGAUCGACGAACUUUGCAAGCCUUUGUGGGGUUCGUGGCGUGGCUCAUCGUCGUUGAGGAAAGAAGAGAGGUAUGGCAUCUUUGCCGUCGAGGAAGAAGCGGUACGAGUACUGAUUCAGUGCAUUUCUGGCGGAUCUCAGGACCCGAUCCGAAUUGGCAUUGAUGCACGACAUUCUUCUAAUCAACGCUGCUUUCCUGGCUGCCGCCACCUCCACUUCCAGUUUCAGCUCUGGCGGUGGUGGUUCUGGAGGCGGAGGGUUGGGUUGGGUUGGGGAGAUGACAUGGUGGGUCGGGUUUGGUGAUGUGGCGGGUUAAAAUUGGGUAAGUCAACAUUUCUGUUAGCCACGUCAGCAAUUGACUGACGGUGUUAAAGGAGACUAACGGAGAGCGACCAAACGUGAAUCGUUUUACUAAUUUGAGUGAUCAACAUUGAAAUUAAAUAUUUCGAGUGACUAAACAUGACACUUUUUA